AUAUUCCCCCCUCCAUUUCUUCGCCACGCAAUGAUUGAACUCAAGAGUGGGGCAAUCAUGUCCAGAUCACCAUCAAACAGUAGCAUCGAAUCAGUCCACCUCAAAGGGAUAUGUACCAUGGUGCUCGGGUGUUGAGGCUAAAAGGUCACCUGACGAGGCCGCUCACCCAGGGGCGAAAGGCCCACGUUUGCAAGGCUUGUCUUUAAAAACAGUUUCCAGUCCGGCCAGUCUUAAAGGGACGGACGGGCAAAAAGGCUAAUGAAGCGAACUCGUUCCCAAGUAUCGCCGACCAUGUCUCCCGGUGCAGAUGAUGAGGGUUUCGAUGCUGGUGUCAACGGCCACAACCUCAAUGGACACGAGAAUGAGGUGGAAAACGCGAUCAUCGUUGGCGCCGGACCUGCUGGGUUGAUGCUCGGGUCGAAUCUGGCCCGAUACGGCAUCAAAGCAAGGGUUCUGGAUGAUCGAGAUGACAAGACUUCGACUGGUCGUGCAGACGGUCUUCAGCCAAAAACCAUUGAGACGUUUCGACAAUUCAGACUGGCAGAUGACCUACUCCGAAAAGGAGUCAAGAUUUACGACAUAUCUUUCUGGAGCUCAACGACUUCAAAGCCUCUUCACCGGACGAGAAGGGAAGUCCACUAUCCAACGGAAGUGGAUGUCAAAGAUCCAUUUAUUCUCCUCGUCCAUCAAGGUAUGGUCGAAGACAUCUUCAUCGAGGAUAUGAGGGAACGAGGUAUCGAGGUUACUCGAAGUACGCCCUUUUCGCGCUACGUAGCGACAGACGAUGCCGGGGCACCGAUCGAAGCCAUCUGCCAGGACAAGAAGACCGGCUCAAGUCGAUCGUUUAAGACGAAAUAUCUCAUCGGCUGUGAUGGCGCCCACUCGAAUGUGCGGAAGAGCAUUGCCGGUGCCCAGAUGGUCGGAGAGAGUAGCAAUUCGAAAUGGGGAGUUCUUGAUGGUGUCAUUGAGACAGACUUUCCUGAUCUUUGGAGCAAGGUCGUCAUCCACUCCGAGACAGCAGGAACAGUUCUUUGCAUCCCGCGGGAACGAAAUAUGACUAGACUCUACAUCGAGCUCGAUCGGAAUCUGCAAGACAAUGUGCCGACUCAAGCGACGCAGGAGUACGUCAUGCAGAAGGCGAGGGAGAUUAUGGCGCCAUUCACCUUGACAUGGACCAAUGUUGAAUGGUUCAGUGUGUACAAGGUUGGACAACGGGUUGCCAGCACAUUCUCUGCUGAGCAUGAACGGGUCUUCAUCACAGGAGAUGCCGGCCACACGCACUCACCCAAAGCAGCUCAAGGCAUGAAUACCUCGAUGCACGACACCUUCAACCUGGCCUGGAAACUCAACCUGACCAUCCGAGGCCUCGCCACUCCAGACCUCAUCUCAACAUACCAACACGAACGUCGCAAAAUCGCCCAAGACCUAAUUAACUUCGACUUCGAGCACGCCGCAGCCUUUGCCGACGGCGACUCCAAAGCUCUCGCCGAUAACUUCGCCACCAACGUUGGCUUCAUAUCCGGCGUCGGCGUCAAGUACGCAGCCAACGUGCUCAACUACCCCGAAAACGCACCUCAAGGCGUCCUACGCGCCGGCGAACUCAUGGCACCCGCCCAACUCACCCGGUACAUUGACGCCAACCCCGUUGACGUCCAAAUCGACAUCCCCAUGCUCGGCCAGUUCCGCGUCUACUUCUUCGUGCCGGACAUCCACUCUUCAUCGACCUUCUUGAACAAUGUCUGCAGUCAUAUUUCCUCCAGUGACUCGGUUCUGGGCCGCGCCACCGCCGCUGCAGCCAAGUCCUAUGCUCAGACCAAUCUCCCGCCCGUCGAGUCCGACAACUUCAUCCAGCCAGGCCGCUAUACGGCUGCCUCACAACUGUUCACGUUCGCCACUGUGACAGGCAUGGAGAAAUCGCAAAUUGAGAUCACACACCUGCCGAGCCUGCUACAAAAGAGUCGAUGGACAUUCUACCUCGAUGACCUGAAAGACCAUAAGACAGGUAAAUCGUGUACGGAGAAAUGGCUGGGUCAGGUCAGUCAGGAUGAGGUUGCGAUUGUUAAUAUCAGACCGGAUGGCUACGUCGGUAGUAUCGGUCGCUUCGAUGGGAAGAGCGACGGCGCUGCUGCUGCACAGUGGCUGGACACGUACUAUGGCGGGUUCUUGAAGGCUUAAAGACUAGUACUGUACAGGGUUGAUAGAAAUUUGUACUUGAAGCGCACAGUAUAAGGGGUAUUUAUAUUGCAUUUAAUGGCG